AUGCAUCCAUACUUGGCUCAAAAUUACAUUUAUGCCUCCAUUGUGAUUGCAUUUCCAACUGAAUAUUCCUACAAGUUGUUACAUACCCUCCAAUCGAAAGGACUUACUCCAUUUACAACUAAGAUUGGCAAGAAAAUAUUCAAAGAAGAGAAUGAAAAGGUGAAAAGAGCUGCAUUUCUCACUUAUUCGCAUCUUUCAUCGCGCCUCAGAGAUGUUCGAUUGUCUGAGAAAAUUGUGAAGGAUAUUCUUCAGAGAAUUACAUCAAAUAAAAAACGAGAUGUGGAAGAGUUGACAACUUGUAUCCAUGCGUUGAAUUAUGCAGGAAAGGCAGUAUCUAUUGGUAUUCUUUAUACCUAUUUCGCAAAUAACAAAAUUCCAGAUUUCAUUAAGGUCAUGCUUGUUGAUAAUUUAAAGAAGAGAUUGCAUGAUGAUCCAUUGAUUGAUCAGCUUGUGAGAGACAUUGCCACAAGUAAUGACACUUCUUCAAUUGUGAAAGCAAGAUUUAUUCAUGCUCAAACUGAGAGAGAAAAACAAUAA